AUGAUCCAUUUUAUCGCUCUCAACCGUUUUUAUAUCAAAAAUAUCUUUGUUCGUGCUCAUUUCUUGACAUUACUUUUAGCAGUUGGUUUCGUUUGGUUAAUAACAUCGCCGGCAAUUGGUUUAUUUACUGUAAUCUUAUCUUUAUUUCAUCUAAGUGAAUACAUAUCAGUUGGUAUUUGGUGUCCAAAAACAUUAACAUUAGAUUCAUUUUUAUUAAAUCAUUCACCUCAAUAUCAUGCUGCUAUAAUAAUUGCUUAUUUAGAAUAUUUCUUUGAAAAAUAUUAUUUAUUUCCAAAUGGAUUUCCUUAUCAUUGGAUAACGAUAUUAACUGGUUUAAUAAUGAUUCUAAGUGGUGAAUGUUUACGUAAAUUAGCGAUGUACACAGCAAAUCAGAAUUUUUCUCAUUUAAUUCAAGAAAAACCAAAUAAAGAACAUCGGCUAAUUACACACGGAAUCUAUGAAUAUUAUCGACAUCCAUCCUAUCUUGGAUGGUUAUGGUGGGCAUGCGGAACGCAAGUGUUACUUGCCAAUCCAAUAUGUUUUUUUAUUUAUUUAAUUUCCACAUGGCUAUUUUUUGUUGAUCGUAUUGCUUAUGAGGAAGCAACAUUAAUAAAAUGUUACGGAGACGCUUAUCGUAAUUAUCAAAAACGUGUACCUGUUGGUAUACCAUUUAUUAGAGGAUGCCUUUACGUCGUUUUUCUGGCAUUUCUUGCUUCGAUUGGCUUUACAUUACUCAUUCUAGGGUGUGCAUUAUCAAAUUACAAUUGGUGGCCAACAUUUGUCAUCAUAUUUUAUGUUUUGUGUCCGAUUCCGUUAACCAUUGCUCGUCAUUGUACAUCCAAUGAUAGUUAUGGUACAAAUGAUUCAACUCCAUGCAAAGAUUUUAUGUGGUUCCUAACAAGUGCUAUUGUUGCCUCAGCAUUUGGUUUACCAGCUAUUUUAUUUCGAGCCAAUAUUAUUCUAGCUGGAUCCAUGGGUUUUAUAAUGGCAGCUAAUACAGUUGUAUUUGGAACAAUUUCAACUUAUUUUUUAACACUCAACUCUGAUGAUAGUUUGGGAAAUUUUUAA